AUGCAACUCCGCGAUGUGCUUUCCACAGUUUUAGCUACGGCACCGCUGGCAGUGUCGGCAGCUGGGACCCUAGGCUUCGCCGUGGGAAAUACCAACCCAGAUGGCACCUGCAAAACGCAGUCCGACUUCGAAGCCGACUUCAAGGCUAUCCUGAGCAACACCGAUGCUCAGAUCGUCCGGACCUAUUCCUCGUCCGAUCAGUUUGGCAACCCGUGCAAGACGCCCUCCCAAGUUCUUCCCGCGGCCAAGUCUGCAGGCAUAAAGGUGUUGUUGGGCAUGUGGCCUGAUGGAGGUGCCUAUGACAGGGAGAAGGCAGCGAUUGACGAGGCCGAUCCCACCUCUUUUGGUGAUACGCUGUACGGCAUCACAAUCGGUUCGGAGGGCAUGUAUCGCGGCACCUACAACGCCGAUGAUCUUCUAGGCUGGAUUGCCGAUAUGCAAAAGUCCUAUCCGGACACCCAACUCGGGAGUGCAGACAGCUGGAACUGUUGGAAUAAUGGGACCAUGGACUCCAUCAUCAAGAGCGGUAUUCAGCUAAUUCUGGCCAAUGGCUUUUCCUACUGGCAAUACCAAGAUAUCUCCAACGCAACAAAGACCUACUUUGAUGACAUGGCCCAGGCGCUCGGUCACGUCCAGGAAGUCACCGGCAGCCUGGACAAGAUCCAUUUUAUGAAUGGCGAAACCGGCUGGCCUGGCACCGGAGGCACGGAUGCUGGCGCGGCAAAGGCCGGCGACGACAACAUGAAAACGUACUGGCAGUCUGCCGUGUGUGGGCUUCUGGACUGGGGCAUUGACUUGUUCUGGUUCGAAGCAUUUGACGAGCCCGGCAAGGCUGACGCGAUUGGCGACGACGGACAAACUGCAAGCGAGCAACACUGGGGAUCUUUCACAUCUGACCGAAAGCCCAAGUUCGACAUGCACUGCUAG